AUUAAACUGAAACUAGAAACUAGAAAGAGCGGUUCACCUUCUUCUUCUUCUUCUUCAACCUAAAACCUACUUUCUUUCCUCAUCUCUCUCUCUCUAGCCAUACUCUCCAUUUUCCUCUUCUCUUCUCUUCUCAUGUUGUAGGCUUCCAUAAGAAGGUAAAUUUUAUUUCAAAGCCCCUCUUUUGUUUUUGUUUUUCUCUUUAUUGUUCUUCAGCUAGCUUUGAAUCUCCCAAAUCUUUGGUCUUUUCUAGCUAAGAAAUCCUGGGUUUCCUUUGGUUUUUUUUCAUUUGUUCUUAAAUAUCGAAUCUUUUUUUCUUUCCCUGGAUCUCGUACUGAGUCCAUGAAGAACUCAGUUGCUACACAAUCCUUUCCCAAGCUUGUUUCCCUUUUCGCCUCCUUGUUGCUUCUCUUUCACCUCGUUUUAGCUGCUGACUAUGUCCCAACCGAAAAAAUUCUCUUAAAUUGCGGUGAAAAAUCCGACCUAUCCGAUAACGAUAAUCGGAAAUGGACACCGGAUGUCGGGUCCAAGUUCCUCACCGGAACUGAAAAAUCCGUCACCUCCCCAGCCUCCUCGCAAGAUCCGGCAGUACCCGAAGUUCCAUACAUGACGGCCCGUGUUUUUCACUCCAACUUCACCUACAGUUUCCCGGUUGUAUCCGGCCGGAAGUUUGUCCGGUUGUAUUUCUACGCUAAUUCCUACGACGGUCAAAACGCAACCAACGCUCUGUUCUCGGUCACUUCCGGUUCCUACACUCUCCUCAAGAAUUUCAGUGCUGCUCAAACGAGUGAAGCUUUGAACUAUGCCUUCGUUAUCAAGGAAUACUCCAUUAAUGUCGACGGUGACCAUUUGAACUUAACGUUUAGUCCCUCUUCCACCCCAUCAAACGCCUACGCCUUUGUGAAUGGGAUUGAAGUACUGUCGAUGCCUGAUCUAUACAGUAACUCCGAUGGUGUACCAAUUGUGGGUCAACAAGUUCCGUUGACCAUUGAUAACGCCACAGCCCUCGAGAAUGUUUAUAGGCUAAACGUCGGUGGAAGCGAUAUCUCCCCUUCCGGUGAUACGGGUCUUUUCCGGUCUUGGUACGAUGAUCAGCCAUACCUUUUUGGGGCAGCCUUUGGUGUUUCAGCAGCUGCUGAUCCAAAUGUCACCAUUGAUUAUGGGACCAUGGCUACAUAUACUGCUCCUGUAAAUGUUUACACCUCGGCUAGAUCGAUGGGACCGAAUGCUCCAAUAAACGAUAACUAUAAUUUAACCUGGUUAUUCAGUAUUGAUUCUGGGUUUUCUUACUUGGUGAGGUUACAUUUUUGUGAGUUCACUGAUAAUAUCACUAAGAUUAAUCAGAGAGUGUUUAAUAUUUUCAUCAACAAUCAAACUGCUGAGUUAGGGUUUGAUGUGAUUGCCGCGGCGGAACAAGUUGAUGUUCCCGUGUAUAGGGAUUACGUUGUGGUGGUUCCAGGAAGCAAUUCUCAGCAGGAUCUUUGGCUUGCAUUGCAUCCAAACGAGACUGAUAAGCCUCAAUAUUAUGAUGCAAUCUUGAAUGGUGUGGAGAUAUUCAAGAUCAAUGAUUUGAACAACAACCUUGCAGGGCCUAAUCCGAUCCCUGGUCCGAAACAGGAUAUAGUGGACCCGUCAUUGGCUUUGCCGUCACAUUCAGGUCGUACAAAGAACCAGACAGCUAUCAUCGCUGGGGGAGUCAGUGGUGGGGUCAUCCUAUUGCUUGUAAUCGGUUUCUGUGUUGUUGGUGCUGCACGUCGUCGAAGACGGGGGAAGGAUUCAAGCACAAGUGAUGGCCCUUCGGGAUGGCUUCCUCUUUCAUUGUAUGGGAAUUCACACUCUGCAGGUUCAGCAAAGACAAAUACCACGGGGAGCUAUGCGUCUUCCUUGCCUUCGAACCUUUGUCGGCACUUCUCGUUUGCUGAGAUCAAGGCUGCCACGAAGAACUUCGAUGAGGCUUUAGUCCUUGGGGUGGGAGGCUUUGGUAAAGUUUACAAAGGUGAAAUUGAUGGUGGGACUACUAAAGUUGCGAUCAAGCGGGGCAACCCGUUAUCUGAGCAAGGUGUGCAUGAGUUCCAGACUGAAAUCGAAAUGCUUUCCAAGCUCCGACACCGCCACCUUGUUUCGUUGAUCGGUUACUGUGAAGAGAACUGUGAAAUGAUCCUAGUUUACGACUAUAUGGCUUACGGAACUCUGCGUGAACAUCUAUACAAAACACAAAAGCCUCCUCUUCCAUGGAAGCAAAGGCUUGAAAUAUGCAUUGGGGCGGCUCGUGGUUUGCACUAUCUCCACACCGGUGCCAAACACACUAUUAUUCACCGAGAUGUGAAGACAACAAAUAUUCUGUUAGAUGAGAAGUGGGUAGCAAAAGUUUCUGAUUUCGGGUUAUCAAAAACUGGCCCUACAUUGGAUCAUACUCACGUGAGCACCGUCGUGAAGGGUAGUUUUGGUUAUUUGGAUCCCGAGUAUUUCAGGCGGCAACAGCUAACCGAUAAGUCCGAUGUUUACUCAUUCGGAGUCGUCUUGUUCGAGAUCCUUUGUGCUCGUCCAGCAUUGAAUCCUACAUUGCCAAAGGAGCAAGUGAGCCUUGCAGAGUGGGCUGCACAUUGUCACAAGAAAGGCAUCCUUGAUCAGAUCAUGGAUCCUUAUCUCAAAGGAAAGAUAGCACCAGAAUGCUUCAAAAAGUUUGCUGAGACCGCAAUGAAGUGCGUGGCCGACCAGGGUAUCGAGAGGCCAUCGAUGGGCGAUGUGCUGUGGAACUUGGAAUUCGCUUUACAGCUACAAGAGAGUGCAGAAGAGAGUGGCAAGGGAAUCGAUGCAAUAGAUAUCGAGGAAGGAACCUAUGACAUAACCUGUAAAGGCAAGAAAGAUGUAUCCCCUGGUUUUGAUGGUACUGUAACAGAUUCAAGGAGUAGUGGGAUGAGUACAAGUAUGAGCAUGAGCAUCGGUGGUCGCAGCCUCGCUAGUGAAGACUCCGAUGGGUUAACACCCAGUGCUGUUUUCUCACAGAUAAUGAACCCUAAGGGGCGUUAAAGCGACGCAAAUGGCCAGAACUGAGUAGCCAACAGAUCAAAACCAGUAAGCCAAUAACGCUUGCUGUUAUUAUUUUGUGACAUCAUUGAAAUCAAAAUUUGUUUCACUUUGUUUGUUUUCAUUUUUCAUUUAUCUAAUAUAGCGUACAUUUAUUACCCCUUUUCACUGGAUAUGUUUUGUAAUAUGUGAUUGUGUAUCAUUGUCUUCAUUAAACAUAUACAUAAAACAAAGUUUCCCUUAAA